CGCAUCGCGGGCCUGUGUGUCCAACAUGGCUGAGGUGCUGCUGUUGCUCCUUCUUGUGCAGCAGCCGCAGGAGCGGAGGGGAGGAUGCUGAGCUUCCCGGGAGCAGCGGUGGUGUCAGCUGCGGCGGGGCUAACGGGGGCCGAGGCAGGCUCUCCUUAGCCAUGGCCAGGCUGGCCGAUUAUUUCAUUGUGGUGGGCUAUGACCACGAGAAGACAGGAUCAGGGGAAGGUUUGGGAAAAAUAAUUCAGAGAUUUCCUGUAAGCGAUUUGGAUGACACUCCUUUUCCACAGGGAAUAGAAUUGUUUUGUCAACCUGGAGGAUGGCAUCUGUCCAGAGAGAGGAAGCAACCUACAUUCUUUGUGGUAGUUUUGACAGAUAUAAACUCUGAACGGCACUACUGCUCUUGCCUGACAUUCUAUGAAGCAGAGAUCAAUUUGCAGGGCUCAAGAGAAACUGAAGGAGAGGAGGAGUCUGGUUUGAUUCAGCCUGCAGAAGUGUUUGCUCCCAAAAGCCUGGUGUUGGUGUCCAGAUUAGACUACCCAGAAAUUUUCAGGGCUUGCCUUGGCUUGGUCUACACUGUGUACGUGGACAAUCUGAAUGUUUCGCUGGAGAGUCUCAUUGCAAAUCUCUGUUCAUGCUUUGUUCCCGCUGCUGGAGGGUCACAGAAACUAUUUUCCUUAGGAGCAGGAGACCGGCAGCUGAUACAGACCCCUUUGCAUGAUAGUCUUCCUGUCACAGGGACUAGUGUAGCCCUUCUAUUUCAACAAUUAGGAAUUCAAAACGUGCUAAGUUUGUUCUGUGCAGUCCUUACGGAAAAUAAAGUCCUCUUCCAUUCUGCAAGUUUCCAAAGACUGAGUGAUGCAUGUAGAGCACUAGAGUCUUUAAUGUUUCCUCUUAAAUACAGUUACCCCUACAUUCCAAUUCUCCCAGCACAGCUCCUGGAAGUUCUCAGUUCACCCACACCUUUUAUUAUUGGUGUUCAUUCUAUCUUCCGUAAUGAUAUUCAUGAACUUUUAGAUGUAAUCAUAGCAGACCUGGAUGGUGGUACAAUUAAAAUUCCUGAAUGUAUUCAUCUGUCCCAGCUCCCAGAACCACUGCUUCAUCAGACUCAAACUGCUCUUUCUCUUGUUUUACAUCCAGAUUUGGAAACGGCAGAUUAUGCAUUUCCUCCUCCUCGAACAGCUCUGUCACAUACCAAAAUGUUGGAUAAAGAAGUGCGAGGAGUCUUUCUUAGAUUAUUUGCACAGCUGUUCCAAGGAUACAGAUCUUGCCUUCAGCUGAUUAGGAUCCAUUCAGAACCUGUAAUAAACUUCCAUAAGGCAGCCUUUUUGAGCCAGCGAGGCUUGAUUGAGAAUGAUGUCCUUACAAAAGUUCUUAAUGGAAUGGCAUUUGCUGGUUUUGUAUCAGAGAGAGGUCCUCCUUACAGAUCCUGUGAUCUCUUUGAUGAGUUGGUAGCAUUUGAAGUUGAGAGAAUUAAAUCUGAGGAGAAAAAUUCAUCAAAAAUGUUAAGGCAUGUCAGAGAACUUGCAGAGCAGCUGUUCAAAAAUGAGAAUCCAAAUCCUCACAUGGCUUUCCAGAAAGUUCCAAGACCUACAGAAGGAUCUCAUCUACGAGUUCAUGUCCUUCCUUUUCCGAAGAUUAAUGAGAGUCUAGUUCAGGAUCUUAUCCAGGAAGGUUUGGUGAAGAACCAAAGUGCAACUCCAGCUUCUCGUAUAGAAAGAAAAUGUGUUGUACCUGCUGGCCCACCAGUUGUUUCCAUAAUAGAAAAGUCAAGCACAGUUUUCAACAGUGCACAAAGGCUGGAAGUUGUUAGAAACUGCAUCUCCUUUAUAUUUGAAAACAAAAUUUUGGAAACUGAAAAGACACUUCCUGCUGCACUGAGAGCACUUAAAGGAAAAGCAGCACGACAGUGUUUGACACAAGAAUUAAGCCUCCAUGUUCAACAAAAUCGUGCAAUACUGGAUCAUCAGCAGUUUGACUACAUAGUACGAAUGAUGAACUGUACUUUGCAGGACUGCUCAACUUCCGAAGAGUACAAUAUCGCUGCACCACUGCUUCCACUAACAACUGCUUUUUAUAGGAAACUAGCUCCUGGAGUCAGUCAGUUUGCAUACACCUGUGUACAAGAUCACCCAAUAUGGGCUAACCAGCAGUUCUGGGAAACAACCUUUUAUAGUGAUGUAGAAAAUCAAAUUCGUUCCCUCUAUCUCUCAACUAAGGAAGACAAUCAAUCACAACACCUAAAGCAGAAAGAGAAGAAUCCUGAAGGCCAGGUUCAAGAAAAGACUGCCAUGGACUUGGCUGCUGAGCAAUUGCGCCUGUGGCCAACACUUAAUAAAGAGACACAACAGCAGCUAGUACAGAGUGAGGAAAGCAUGGUUUUCAGCCAGGCAAUUCAUUUUGCCAACCUCAUGGUGUACCUGCUGGUGCCAUUAGAUACUAGUAAAAACAAACUGUUAAGGACUUCCGCCACAGGAGACUGGGAGAGUGGAAGCAAUAGCAUUGUCACAAAUAGCAUUGCAGGAAGUGUUGCUGAGAGCUAUGACACUGAAAGUGGGUUUGAGGAUUCCGAGAACAAUGAUACUGCAAAUGCAGUUGUGCGCUUCAUCACCAGGUUCAUAGACAAAGUUUGUACAGAAAGUGGUGUUACCCAGGAUCACAUCAGAAGUCUUCACUGUAUGAUCCCAGGAAUUGUCGCAAUGCACAUUGAGACUCUGGAAGCAGUCCAUCGGGAGAGUAGAAGGUUGCCACCAAUACAGAAGCCAAAGAUUUUGCGACCAGGUUUGGUGCCAGGGGAGGAGUUUGUGUGUGAAGGUCUUCGUGUGCUUCUGGAUCCCGAUGGCAGAGAGGAGGCAACUGGAGGAUUACUUGGAGGCCCUCACAUUCUCCCAGCAGAAGGAGCUUUGUUCCUUACUACAUACAGAGUUAUAUUUAAAGGCACACCACAUGAUCAACUAGUGGGAGAACAAACAGUUAUUCGGAGCUUCCCCAUUGCUUCAAUAAUAAAAGAAAAGAAAAUAAACAUCCAGAAUCAACUUCAACAGAGUAUGCAAGAAGGAAUGCAAAUCACCUCAGCUACGUUUCAGCUGAUUAAAGUAGCUUUUGAUGAAGAAGUGGGCCCUGAAGUUGUAGAAAUGUUUAAGAAACAGCUAAUGAAGUUUCGCUAUCCUCAGUCCAUCUUUAGCACUUUUGCUUUUGCAGCUGGUCAAACUGCACCUCAGAUAAUUUUACCAAAGCAAAAGGAAAAGAACACUUCCUUUCGCACACUUUCAAAAACAAUUGUAAAAGGAGCUAAACGUGCAGGAAAAAUGACAAUUGGCAGACAACACUUGCUAAAGAAGAAAGCAACAGGGACAAUUAUGGAAGAAAGAGCAAAUCGUCCUGGAUGGAAUGAGGAUGAUGAUAUCUCAGUUUCAGAUGACAGUGAAAUGCAGACUAGUGGUACCUUGAAAGCAUCAGAGAAAUCAACAAUGGAGCAGCUAGUGGAAAGAGCUUGUUUCAGAGACUAUCAACGUUUAGGUUUGGGGACCAUCAGUAACAGCUCUUCUCGCUCAAAGACAGAGUACUUUCGAAUAACUGCCUUGAACAGGAUGUAUUCCCUUUGCAGAAGCUAUCCAGGACUACUAGUGGUACCUCAGUGUGUACCAGACAGCAGCUUGCAGAGAGUAGCUCGCUGUUACAGACACAAUCGCCUACCAGUGGUCUGCUGGAAAAACUCAAAAACGAGUACCCUUCUGCUUCGAGCAGGUGGCUUCCAUGGAAAAGGAGUGGUUGGCCUUUUCAAAACUCCAAAUGCACAAACAUCAGCUCCUGCAUCACUAGAAUCAUCAAGCAGCAUAGAACAAGAAAAAUACCUUCAAGCCUUACUGAAUGCAAUUUCUGUCCAUUGCAAAAUGAAUGGCAAUAGUACGCUUACCAUCAGGCCAACUAUUGCUUUGUCUCCAGGCACUGAAAGGAGGGCUUCAAGAAUGUCCACUGUGUUUAAGCAGGUAGUGCCAGGACAUUUGGAUGUAAAUCUAUCCAAUAGCUUUGCCCGAGGAGUGCUUGGGUACAGAGAUAAAUGUUUCACACAUUCAAAUUCCAAAUCAGGAAGAGUUUAUCAAGGUGUGUGGGCAAGUCUUCGUUCUAGCAGUCGGUUUAUUAGCACUCAGAUGCCAUUCCUUGACGUUGGUGCAAGAUUAGCAGGAAAAGAUGGUUCACCCUCAUAUUCCAGCAGCAAUGCAUAUUUACAAAACCGGAUUCUGAAGCGACAAGCAGCCCUCUACAUUUUUGGAGAAAAAUCACAGUUAAGGGGCUUCAAGCUUGAUUUUGCUUUAAAUUGUGAAUUUGUUCCUGUUGAGUUCAGUGACGUCCGGCAAGUUAAAGCUAGUUUUAAAAAGCUUAUGAGUGCUUGCAUUCCUAGCAGUAUUCCUGCAGAUUCUGAAGUAACGUUCCUUAAAGCACUUGGAGAAUCAGAAUGGUUCCCUCAGCUUCAUCGGAUAAUGCAGUUAGGUGUGGUUAUAUCAGAACUGCUUGAGAAUGGUUCAUCUGUUUUGAUUUGUCUGGAAGAUGGCUGGGAUAUCACAGCACAGGUGGUGUCACUUGUGCAGUUAAUCAGUGAUCCAUUCUAUCGAACACUUGAAGGCUUCAGAAUGCUGAUAGAAAAAGAAUGGCUAUCUUUUGGUCAUAAAUUUAGCCAGCGCAGUAAUUUGACCCUCAAUUGUCAAGGGAGUGGGUUUGCUCCUAUUUUCCUGCAGUUCUUGGAUUGUGUGCACCAGAUUCACAGCCAGUAUCCAACAGAAUUUGAAUUCAGUCAGUAUUACUUGAAGUUCUUAGCAUUUCACUAUGUUUCCAAUAGAUUUAAAACAUUCCUGCUGGACUCGGACUACGAAAGACUAGAACAUGGAACGCUAUUUGAGGACAAAGGAGAGAAACAUAGCAGAAGAGGAAUAUGCAUAUGGGAAUGCAUUGAAAAAAUACACAAAAGAAGCCCUAUUUUCUUUAAUUACCUCUAUGCACCCAUUGAAACAGAGGUUUUAAAACCAAAUGCAAACAUAUCCUGUCUUAAGAAAUGGGACUACUACACAGAAGAGACCUUGUCCACCGGCCCAUCUUAUGACUGGACCAUGGUGAUUACAAAAUGUAGUAAUCCAGAUGAAUCUGAUCAGACGGAUGUGUCACCUUCACACAAUAAGAGGAAAAUUGUCUGGCCAUGCUAUGACAAUAUCAUCAAAGUGCAGCCUGACGCCAUCACCAGCCUAUUAAAUGAAAUCGAAAAACUGGAAAACAAGUUAAAUCAGAGCCCAGAAAGGUGGCAGUCAUUGUGGGAGAGAGUCAAAAUAAAUAUUAAAGAAGAUACAAAGCAGUACAAUCAUCGAAGACAUCCAUCUGGCUCUUCAGCAAUAAUGUCUGCCAAUCUGCAUUCCUAUCAGAAAAGGUCUCUGUUGCAUCUACCAGAUAGUGGAUUGGGUGAAGAACAAAACACCAAUAUCUCACCCUCCAAUGGUGUGGAAAGAAGAGUAACUACACUGUAUAACCAAUUUACAUCAAAGAAUGAUGAAAACAGGUCAUUUGAAGGUACACUUUACAAAAGAGGAGCUCUGCUAAAAGGCUGGAAACCACGUUGGUUUGUACUUGAUGUUACCAAACACCAGCUACGAUAUUAUGAUUCUGUGGAGGAUGCAUGCUGUAAGGGGCAUAUUGACCUUGCAGAAGUCGAAAGUGUAAUACCUGCUUCACCGACUCUUGGGGCACCAAAGCAUGCUAGUGAGAGGGCAUUCUUUGAUCUGAAGACAAGUAAACGUGUAUACAAUUUCUGUGCCCAAGAUUCACAAAGUGCACAGCAAUGGAUGGACAGGAUACAGAGCUGCAUUUCAGACGCAUAAAAAGAAAUCUGAAUUUUGCUGCCAACAGUAGAAAGGAAACACUUUCAGUAUCCAUGAGAAACGUCAGUAUUGCAAGAAGAAUUGUCCCUGCAAAUCAAGCAGCCUUAUAAUUCAACCUUAUAUUCAAAGCAUCAUCUUUCCUUAUUUUUAUCACUUGUAUAUAAUAACUCUUCCUCCAUGUGGCAGACAUUCAAAAUCAGUAACUUCUGUGUGGAAAACUUUCUUCUAUAAGUCAGCUCCAAGCGUAGUGAUCUGGCAGGAUUCCACUGAGAAACACAGAACCUUUCUUUUUCUAAACACAGGGCUAUUACAUUAGAACAAUUCUGAAUGUUUCUUACCUGUUUCCCCCAAUAUUUUUCUAGUUAAUGUUAUUGUUUUUUUGGGGGAGGGUAGGAAUUCAUUUUCAGUUGUUUUUCUGGGACAGCAUUAUUCAAUCUUCAGAGCCUUAUACAUUUUGAAAAUAAUGCAUUCCGAAAGUUUAAGGCACUUAAAGCAAAAAUAUGGAAACAUUAUUUAUUUUCUGCUAGUUAUUUACUGGUCUUUUUGUGUCCAAAAAUAACUAGGCAUUCAUUGAUUAAAGAAUACACUGUUUUUUUGCGUUGUAUUCUCUUUUCCUGUUGCAGUAAAUUGAUGGAAAUAAAAACAACACGGACAAGAAAAGGAACCUGGUAAAAAUCAGACCUUGGCAAAGAGAAAAGCCUAAGAAAUAUAGAAGUUGUAUAGUAACUUAUGUGGUGUACUGCUCAUUGUAAGAUAUAACACAAUGAUAAAUGCACUAAACAAAACAAACACUUGCACUGAAAUCCUUGAAAACAGACAUUUUGAAGGACAGAAAUAAAUUAUUUAUAGCAAAAUACUAGCUAGAUAACAGCAACUACAUAUAUUGAAUAUGUACAUAAUUGGGCUCUGUGUGGUGUGAUUUGAUACUUUAAAAACGUUUUUGCACACAAAUUGGAAGAAUGUUUUUAGAUUUUUUUACGUUUACUAAUGUGUUUAUCAUAAAAAAUCUUUGAGAAUGUUGGUUGUUCUUGUUUUGUUUUAUACAAUUCAAAUUUAAAACAGGUUUCACUUGCUGAAACCUGUGAUGAGUUUUGAGUGUGGUGUCUCUGGAUAAUUACAAUGCCAUGUUUUUGUUGAGAUACUAAUAUGUUAAAUGUCAAAAAUAUGUCAGAGUUUGUAUAUACUAGUCAGUAUUUUCUAAGGUUUAGUAAUGUUGCUUGUACCUUAAUGGCUGUGUUCACAUGUACGGCUAAAUUAUGGUUUAACAUUACAAGGAGAAGUCACAGUGGGCCUCGGAAUUAUGCAGUAACCCUUUCCCUCCCUCCUCCAGUUUGGCCAUCGGAAGAAACUUGAAAGCUUUCCAUUACAUUUUAGCCUAACUGCAGCUUUUCAUGAUAUCCAAAUACUUUACAUUACUUGGUGAAAAAAAGCAACUGUGAAACCACAGUUUGAUCAACAACAAUUUGCACUGUGUACUUGCAGUAGACUGUGGUUAAUCUAAAACUGAAUCAAAAGCUUCUAGUCUUCUCCCUGAAACUAGAUCACAAGAGACGAAGAGGAAAAACAAACGGAGAAGCCCGAGGUUUGCUCUGCCCCAUCCUUGUAAUCAUGUUAAGCCAUGAUUCAGUGUUACAUGCAAACUGGGCUAGUAUCAACUAAUCAAACUGACUUCAUUUAUAGGAUUUCAGUUACUGAAGUUGUUGACCUUUUUUAAAAAACAAAACCACUAUUUUUUCUAGUGAAUACAGAUUUCACACUGUAUGUGGAAUAGGAAAUGCAUCUGUUUUUAAUACAUUUGGAAUGCAAAACAAAAACAAAGGAAUGAAGGAUUUUUCCAGCAUUUUUGACUGAUAAAACGCCACAUAUGAAAAAUGGUUUUUGCACAUUCAUGUACUUUUCUUUGUAUAUGAAGUACUUUUAUAUGUACUUUGUAUAAUAAGGUUCUAAAGUUGUUUAAAAAUGUAUACUACACUAUUUACAUGGUUGUAACUAAACAAUUUUAAUUAUUUUAUGUAUAUUACAUAACUAGUGUAUUCUAACCACUUGUAAUAAAGAUGCUUCAUAAGAGAGCAUUCCUCCUUUACUGUACCCAGUGGUAUAGUACAACGAAUAUUUCACAUCAUCUAUUGCAUAAUUAAAUUAUAUCCCAAAUUAUUCUGUAAUAAAAUUUGUAAUUUUGUACAGGCAAGUUCCCUCUUGCAUGUGAAAAAACUGUUCUUGAAUCUAUUUUUUCAUUGUUAAACUCAAAACAUUCCAUGAAAUCAUAAACUUGCCAUGUCACUGUCAUUAUCUGCUUUGAAAAAUUGUAUUUCAUUUUGUGCCGAGUGAAUAAAUUUAAAAAAAGA